GAUUCCACAGCCCCGAGAAUUUUGCCCGGAUCUGGCAACUCUCAAUAUAGACUAUCUUAGGGUGAUCUGAACGUCAACGCUUCCGUCACUCACUGUCAACGCCCAUCUGUCGUUCUCGAUGGACUCAUCAUUCCGUCGAUCUCCGAACACCCCGAAUGAUGACCGCUUAGCCCUCCGCGAACUCCUCAAAUCCCGGCAACGGAACCGCAAUGGCGUCCGUGGUAGCCCUAAGUCGUGUGUACCAUGCCGUGAAAGAAAGGUCAAAUGCGACAAAGAGUUGCCGUGUUCGACCUGCGACAAAAGGGGACACCCGGAUCUAUGCGAGUAUGAAAGUUCUACACACAGCGCAGCAUCCCAUCCAAGCCGAAUCAAUCAAUCAACCAAUCAA